AGUGUUACCUGGGGCCGGAAGUUGCUGGAUACAGAGGUGCUACGGGAAAGGCUCUAGGUACCGGGAACCUUGGUUGGUGUCACGGCUCCGUAGUUUAUCUUUAAAACUUAACUUUUUGUUGUUGUUCUUGAGUCUUCAGAAAGAUUAAUUGCUUCACGUGUUAGGAGUCUGAGGCUCUCACCAUAGCAAGGCCCCCUUUUACACCCGCUUAACCGGAUCCCACUGGUUAAACAGCUCGCCUUUCCCACCGUACAUGGUUUUAGUUCUGUUCAUUGGGGGACUCCCAUCCCCGGGGAGAUCUUCCCUCUGAGACUCCAGACCCCUCCCCGCUUUGGUCUCCGGCCCCGCGGGGGACCCACCCAGCCCACCCGACCCGGGUGCCAUCAGGAAUGAAGCUUGACGGCGCUGAGGAGAAACCACGGGACGGCCCCUCCCCGGCCGCAGAGGGGUCUCCCCCUUCCCUCGAACAUGCCUUCUCCAAGAUGCUGCACGGUCUUAGCCGCCAGGAGUCCGGACCGGGCGACGCAAGAAAUGCCAUUCUUAAGGACCUCGGUGCUUUACUAGAAGCCACCGAGAGUGACAGAUUAUUUGAGGGGAGUAGGAGUGGCGAGUCGCUCCGGGGCAUGCCCGAGAUCCUGGGACAGGUGGCGAAAGCCCUGGAGACGUUCGCAGCCCCACCCAAGGAGAAGGUAGAUGGAGGCGAUGGGCAUUCCGGAGUGGCUGAGAAAGCAACUGAAGUUGGGUUGCUGUUUCUUAAGCUGCUGGGGAAGGUUGCGACGGCUAAGCGUUCUCCCGCCUGCCCCGCGUGGAAGACAGGCCUCCGCCACUUGGCGGGGCCCAUGUAUGUGUUUGCCACCACACACAGAUCGGAGCGGCCAUGGACCAGUCCAAGGUCGCAGCAUGUGGCCGAUGAGGUGCUGUCCUUACUGCUUGGAGUGACUGAGUGCAGUUCCGUGGCAGGAUUCCUGUGCGGAGAAAAUGAGGACGAUCGAGGGAGCUUUGCUGCGGUCUUGGGGCUUCUUAAACCCCAUUUGAAUAAGGAAUCCUGGAAGAAUAAUCCUGCUGUCAAACAUGUUUUCUCAUGGACUCUGCAACAAGUCACUCAGCCCUGGCUGAGCCAGCAUCUGGAAAAGAUACUUCCUCCAUCUUUGCUCAUCUCAGAUGAUUAUCAGACUGAGAAUAAAAUCCUGGGUGUCCAGUGCCUCCAUCACAUUGUGGUUAAUGUGCCAGCUGCUGAUUUGCUGCAGUACAACAGAGCCCAGGUCCUCUACCAUGCCCUUUUUAAUCACUUGUACAUGCCAGAGCACGACCUCAUUCAGGCUGUGCUGCUGUGCCUCCUAGAUUUAUUCCCUGUCCUAGAAAAAGCUCUGCACUGGAAGGGAGAUGCAGCUCGAGCCACUACACACUGUCAUGAUGUACUACAGCUGAUCCUCACCCACAUGGAGCCAGAGCAUCGCCUUCUCUUACGGAGGACUUAUGCCAGAAACCUGCCAGCUUUUGUGAAGAAGCUGGGGAUCCUAACUGUCCGGCACUUGAAGAGGCUGGAGAAAGUUAUCAUUGGUUAUCUGGAGGUUUAUGAUGGACCAGAAGAAGAAACCAGGUUGAAGAUACUGGAAACCCUGAAACUUGUCAUGCAGUAUACUUGGCCCAGAAUUUCCUGCAGAGUUGUAGUCUUGCUGAAGGCUCUUCUGAAACUGAUAUGUGAUGUAGCAAGGGACACAAGCCUCACAACUGAGGCCACGAAGAGCGCCCUGCUCCAGGAAGCCACAGACUGCCUGAUUCUCCUGGACCACUGUUCUGAGGGGCAGGUGAAGGUAAGGCUGGAGCCUGCAAGUAGGUUUCAGUCGGCCUCAUUGUUCCUAGGUAACCCCAGUGAUUGUCAUUGGCUACUCGUAUGCCCAGCCAAGUUUGGACCUCAACGUGGAGGGUGUUAGGCCCCCACCUCUGUACCCUCUAGUCUUGGAUUGUUUGUUCGAUACCUUACCCUAUUUAUUUUUGGUGCUAAGGCCGAACUCUUUUAAUACUAUUCAAAACCACUUAGAGGAUCAGAUGUUACUGACAUAUCAGGAUAAGAAAGAACAAGCCACGCCACCAAGAUUUUAUAAAAUUUAAGUUCUAAGAUUGACAUGACACCUACUGUGCUAGUGAGACACCUCCAAGUUCUGUUCUAGAUUAUGAAUUAAAACAGGUACCAGAACUGGAGAGAUGGCUCAGCGGUUAAGAGCCCUGGCUGCUCUUCCAGAGGUCCUGAGUUCAAUUCCCAGCAACCACAUGUUGGCUCACAACCAUCUGUAAUGUGAUCUGGUGCCCUCUUCUGGCGUGCAGACAGAACACUGUAUAAAAUAAAGAAAUAAAUCUUAAAAAAAAAGGUACCAACAAAGCCCAAAGAAAGGAGGCUGUAAGCUGCCACGGAGUAAUCCUGUAACUGAGAUACCAGAACGUGGCCCCCCAAGAUGUCUGCCUAUUCUUGUGUGCCUGUGCAGGUAAAUGCAACGGAGGGUGUCAUUCCUUAAGCACCGUCCCUGCUCUGACUCGGAACUCUUCAAGCAGGCUUGGCUGGCUGGUGGGCCAAGUAGGCCCCGGGGAUCUGCUUGUUUCCUUCCAGUACUGAGAUUACUUGGUGUAUGUGCCUACUGAUGACAAGCGUGGGCUUUAAACAUGGGACUGAACUUAGGCCCUCAUGCUCAUCACUGAGCUAGCUCCCCAGUUUCCAAAUACUUAAUUUACCAGCAGGAAAUUCUUCCUUCAGUUUCAUAGUCCACAGAAUUCGGAGGACUGUAGUUUAUGGUAUCUACAAGUGCAUUUAUUUACAUGUAAUUAAAGGACUAAUUUCCCAUUUUUACCACAAUUAGAAAUCUCUAAAGUUUAAUGGAGCAUGAGAAGAAACUCAUGCCCCAAAAGGGAAUAUAGUUUGUUUUUCAGUUCCUUUAAACAUUUCAUUACAGCCCCUUAAAACUGUUUGUAGUUUUCCAGCCAGAGGUCCAGCUUGAGUUUUUCUGGCUAGAAUGAAGGAGGCUCUUCAGAGCCAGUGGGCUACUUUUAAGUUUUUAAGUAACACCUGUUCUGAUGGUGGCACUCUCUCCCAAUGCCCUGCACACUCAUUUUUUGAGUAUGUGAAGAAAAGAAGACAAUGGGGAUAUAGGUUUUACAAAAGUUAAUGCCUGUUUGGUUUCAUGUUGCAGGGUCUUCUGGCUAAAAUUGCCCUAUCCUGUGAAGACAGCACAGUGGUGAGCUGCAUCAGGAAAGUGCAGAACUCUGCAGAUGUUCUCUGCAAUGACACUUAAGAUGACUAACAGAUCAUCUGGAUGGAGUUACGGAAAAGUCUAUUUUUAUAUUAAACACUUGUUUAAGUUGGAA